GAAUGUUACCUGGGUCUCUGGUUUAACAGUCCAGCGACAAUACCACUAGGCCAUCACUUGAGCGAAUGUUGUAACAUUAGUAACCCUCCAACUUCUGGUUCUUCUGUUCUGUCUAGUGAGAUUGAGAGAUUAUGACUAAUGCUUUUCAACUUUAAGCAAUGCAGGCUGAAAUCCAGGAUGGCUUACUAGUUUUCAGUAAUAUUUAUCUUUUUCCAGUACAUCUUGCUUAAUAUACCCUGCCCAUACCCUCUCCUCAUUCAGCGCAACCUUCACAUUCUUCACUAUCUCGAAGUUGCAAAAUACUCAUUGUCUCUGCCUUCUGCGUGUGCAUCCAAAUUUCUCGGGUUCUUAACAGACAACUUUUUUUCUAGCUAACUAUUUGCACUUUAUUUGUUCACAAAAGUCUUUGGGGUUUAUUAUCCAAUUAUCCACGACCUUCCCAACCCCACAUCAAUAUCCUUGAGAGUCUAGUGUGGUUGAGGGAAGAAAGUGUUGUGAAUCUUACGAGGGAAGCAUUUAGCUUGGACCCGGGACUAGGGGCAGAAUCCUUAUUGAUGUAGAAAGAGUAUUGGGUCUGAAUACUGCUCCAAUAGUGGUUACUCUGAAGCUCAGUGCCAGAGUGUAGGAAGCCUCAUAGCAGGACUGUAAUUCUCCAGACGACUUGGUAAUGUGGGCCAUGCUGGCGACCUCAAGCUUCACAGGUCACUACCAGGAAGCUCUCUGUCUCCAUGUGGGAGUGGCUUCUACUCAGUCAUGUUGUAUCCUCCAUUUCACCUAUUCAGCCGAUCUCUGACUCUGUGUCUUUCUUUCCUGCUUGCAAUGCAUCUUGGGUUGUAGAGUUGUGGAACAAGCACCAGGAUAUGAGAAAACAAAAAGCUUUGGAGAAACAGAGUACAGAGAACUCCAGACACACGUCCGACUUGGACCCAGAUGAGAAGAAAUCGCAAAUCAGCGCUGACAGCGGCUUGAGUGCGACCAGCUCGCAGAAGAGUGACAGUGAGUCUAUCACCAGCUGUGAGCCGCCUGCACUCACCCGGAGUACCAGCCAGGAGUCAGAAAGCAGCACCGUGGUGAGUAACAGCUCUGGAGAGACCUUGGGUGCUGACAGUGAUUAUAGCAGUGCUGCUGGAGAAAGUGUGACCGGCAAGAACACCCUCGAGGCAGCAACAUCCAGAGGAACGCUCUCCGACAGCGAGAUCGAGACUAACACUGACACCAGAUACAUCUUUGGGAAACCUCACAUGCUGGCAGCUGGCUUCAAGGCUACAAAAGGGGGCAGUGCAUAUGCCCAGGCUCCCAGCCCACCAGAGGACACCAGUCAGAGGGUUUACCUCUUUGAGGGACUGUUGGGCAAGGAACGCUCAGUACUGUGGGACCAGGUCCAGUUCUGGGAGGACACGUACCUUGAUGCUGUGAUGUUAGAAAGAGAAGGGAUGGGCAUGGAUCAGGGACCACAAGAAAUGAUUGACAGGUAUGAGUCACUGGGCGAGCAUGAUCGAAAGCGGCUGGAAGAUGAUGAAGACCGAUUGCUGUCUACGCUGCUGUACAAUAUGAUCAUCUACAUGCUGAUGGUCAAGGUCAACAAGAAUGACAUCCGGAAGAAGGUGAGGAGGUUGAUGGGUAAAUCGCACAUUGGGCUGGUGCACAGUCAGGAAGUGAAUGACCUGCUUGAUCGCCUUCCACAUCUGGAGAGCCGCGAUCUCCACAUUCGACCGUGUGGCAGCCGUCACAUCAAGAAGCAGACCUUCGUGGUGCAUGCAGGAACAGACACCAAUGGAGAAAUCUUCUUCAUGGAGGUGUGUGAUGACUGCAUUGUGCUGCGCAGUAAUAUUGGCACUGUCUACGAACGCUGGUGGUAUGAGAAGCUCAUUAACAUGACAUACUGUCCAAAGACCAAGGUCCUUUGUUUGUGGAGACGUAAUGGGCAGGAGACCCAGCUCAACAAGUUCUACACCAAGAAGUGUCGAGAGUUGUACUACUGUGUGAAGGACAGCAUGGAGCGUGCAGCUGCAAGACAACAGAGCAUAAAACCAGGUCCCGAGCUCGGAGGAGAGUUCCCUGUUCAGGACAUGAAAACCGGAGAUGGUGGGCUCCUGCAAGUGACCCUGGAAGGGAUCAAUCUGAAGUUUGUGCAGAGCCAGGUAGGUGGGUUGAUGGAGGAGAGAAGCAUGGGAGGGGCUGGUCACCCGGCUUGAGGCUUCAUUUGGGCC